GGGGCAGCAGCAGCAAAUCUCCCGCGGCUGAGCGCAGGAAUUAGGUCAGGCGGUCACAGACAAGCAGGAGGGACUCUGAGCAAAACAACACAUCUACAUAAGAGCGCCCGGUCAGUUUUCUGGCUUCCAAUGCGGCAGACGUCGCCUGUUCGGAUGUUUUGGAGUGCAGGUCCCGGCUGACAGCGCAGUGACUGAUUUUCACUGUUUCAGCUUCGGCGAGGUCAACUGAGUGUAAACUGAGAGCAGAAUGAAAAGAAGACUGAGCAGGGACAUAGAGGGCAGCAGCUCAUCUUGUGAAGAACUGAUGGAGGUUUGCAAGAGAGCUAGACAUCCUAGUGAGGACUCUGGAGAUCUGGCAUCCAACUGGGCAUGGAUACCCCAGGAGGUACUGCUGCGCAUCUUUCAGUACUUGCCACUGCUAGAUCGAGCCUUUGCGUCUCAGGUGUGUCAUGGUUGGAACCAAGCCUUUCAUAUGCCUGAGCUCUGGAGAUGCUUUGAAUUUGAACUUACACAGCCGGCAAGCUCUUACCUAAAGGCCACCCAUCCUGAUCUUAUCAAGCAGAUCAUCAAGAGGCACUCAAAUCAUUUGCAGUAUGUAAGCUUCAAGGUGGACAGUAGUACAGAAUCAGCAGAGGCAGCAUGUGACAUCCUCUCUCAGCUAGUAAACUGCUCAUUAAAGACCCUCGGGCUCAUUUCUACAGCACGGCCAAGCUUCAUGGAGUUACCAAAGUCCCAUUUCAUCUCUGCGUUGACAGUGGUGUUUGUCAACUCUAAGUCCCUGUCAUCACUCAAGAUUGAUGACACGCCAGUUGAUGACCCGUCGCUUAAGGUCCUGGUCGCCAAUAACAGUGACACACUCAAACUGUUAAAGAUGAGCAGCUGCCCACAUGUAUCUCCUGCUGGCAUCCUGUGUGUUGCUGAUCAGUGCCAUGGCUUGAGGGAACUGGCGCUAAAUUACCACCUGUUGAGUGACGAGCUCCUCCUUGCACUCUCCUCAGAGAAACAUGUGCAUCUAGAGCACCUGCGCAUUGAUGUGGUGAGUGAAAACCCUGGUCAACAGUUCCAUACCAUCAAGAAAAGCAGUUGGGAUGCCAUGGUGCGCCACUCCCCAAAGUUCAACCUGGUCAUGUAUUUCUUCCUCUAUGAAGAAGAAUUUGGUCCGUUCUUUCGUGAUGAAAUUCCGGUCACGCACCUCUAUUUUGGCCGUUCAGUCAGUAAGGAUGUGCUUGGCCGAGUAGGCAUGAACUGUCCUCGACUUGUGGAGCUGGUGGUGUGUGCUAACGGCCUGCGCCCGCUGGAUGAGGAGCUGAUCCGCAUUGCCGAACGCUGUAAGCAGCUGUCCGCCAUUGGCCUGGGGGAGUGUGAAGUGUCUUGCAGUGCAUUUGUGGAGUUUGUGAAGAUGUGCGGCCGACGCCUCUCGCAGCUCUCCAUCAUGGAGGAAGUGCUCAUCCCUGACCACAAAUAUAGCCUGGACGAGAUCCACUGGGAGGUGUCCAAACACCUUGGUCGUGUCUGGUUCCCUGAUAUGAUGCCCACGUGGUAAAACACUCACAGACCAGUUCCCUUCUCACAUUAGUACAUUUCAUAACCAUUGCAUCCAGCUUAUAACUUCACCCUAUAAGGCAGCCAGUUUUCACACUUUGAUAUGCUAUUGUUUUUUUUUUUUUUUUUUUCUUCUUUUCUUGUUAAGAAGUAUCAUGGAGAUUCUCUUUGUGUUUGAGAUGUUGCUUUUCUUUACAUGUGUAAUAGCAUCAGGGGUUAUAGGUGGAAGAUCUUUACAGGAUUGGACACUUCACUUUGAAUAGUAUGGCUUGUUUUCUGAAAAGGCUGAUGCCACAUGUUGUGUACAUAGUGAAAGUAUGAAUAUGAAAAAAAUAAGCUUGUGUCUAGCACCUAAUGGAAAUGCUACAAUGUAGUAAGCUUUUAUAUUCUAUUUGGAUCAUAUAGGAGAACAUAAAAAGGCCUGCAUAAUUGUACCAUGUUAGGCUAAUCAUUUAUGUAGCUACAUAUUCCCACUGUCCACAUGUCCAAUAAUUUUAUUCUGGAACCUACAUAUAGGAUUUCUCAUUUACAUCUAAUUAAUCCCCACAAAUCAGUGGUCAGUAACUGAGAUUGUUUUUGUUUGUUUGUUUGUUUGUUUGUUUGUUUUAUUCUUGGCUGUUUGUCAAAUUAUAUUUAUGUAUAUUGUUACAAACGUGGAGUGUGAAGUAUUGUCAGUAAUAGUGGAGGACUCAUGGCAGAAGUCUUACUAUUCAUUGAUGUAGCACCUUGAAAGCUGCCGGAGUUCAUCCACCAGUAGGGAGUGCCACUAACAAACUGUCAGCUCCCAGCUAAAUGUUUUUCAAAAGCUCUGCUGAAGAAGGGCUACUUUCUUGGCAGAGAAUAAUUGGGGAAUUUAACAAAGUACAUCAUCUUCAGAACAUCUUUUCUGUCUUGGAACAAAAAGUGCUUUGCAGCUUUAGUGGACUAUCUUAUCUAUCUUCUUUGCUCAUUGUUUUUGUUUGUUUCUCAAGUAUGUUGCAUUAAUCUUAACUCUCUCCAUCAGCUACAGGGGAAGUUCUUGGUUGAAAAGGUGACCACCCACAGCAGACUAAAUGGAAAUGAAUUCAAUGCACCACAAGUGGUGCUAAAAUAUAAAGCUGUAUUGGAGUCCCUGUGGCAUAGACAAACCAAUUUUGUUAAGAAUUGAGGACUAAAUGGGUAGAAAACAGAUUUUUUUUUUUUCACUUUAAUGUUUAUAGACACUUCCAAGAUAAAUGGAAAGCCUUUACUGCACAUUCAGUACUACCUAUGAGUUUGCUGACUGACUUUAUAUGCGGCUUAGUCUUUUUUCUUUUCUUUUUUUUAACCCUAAUUUAAACAUUUCUUCCUGCUAGGACAAUGACUUGGUUAAGCUGUAGUGUAUUUGUAUAAGUGGUUUUGUACAGUUAAUAUAAAGCAUGUUAUAUGCAUACCAAAUUAAUCACAAACACGAGCGAACAUAUUGGAGAAGGAUUUUUAUCUUCUUGAUGGUUAUUUUGUAAGUUGGCAAGUACUGCUUUUAAAACAGCAGACUGUGUAGGCUAUAGGUUUCCCCUACAUGUAGUUCAUUGAUACACUGAGAGCAGGUCUACCAUUCUGGAAGUUAUUUGGAAAUGUCUUAAUGGAUUUGUGGCAUGUUUGAGACAAACUGGUAGAUGUCUUUGUGAAACGGAUAAACCAAGUGUGAUGUAAUUAGUUUACAUCUUCAACCAUUUACUAGUUCUGUCCAAGGUUGAAAGAACAUUGUUCGUUAUGAAAAAUGAAUCAGGACCUGACUGGACCCUGUUUAAUUUUUUUCCUUUAAGAAGGAAGUCCCCUAUGCCUGUAUAUAAAAUGCUGUGUGUUUUGAUGAUGAAUAGAAAUAUACAUAUUUCUUUUGCACCCUCUGUCAGGGUUAAAAUUUUCAAUGCUGAUCUUUCAUUAGAGUGAGCAUGGUCCUUUGGUAGAUCUUCUACCAGUCUAAUUAGAUUUGAUUAUUCAUAAUUUAUAAGCCUUUGUAUUAAUUCAUUUAAAAUGGUUUAAUGACUUGAGUCCUUUAAACAUGUUAACACAAACUUAGCACCACUAAUUUAGUAUAAAGUAACACUUAAAAUCAGACACAAAUGUACUUGUUUUAGCUUUUUAUUUGCAGUGACAAGUGAAAAUUAAGUUUGUUAGUGAACAGUGCUGUCACCCAGUGCUUUACCCAAAAUGCAAGAAAAUGAGUCACUCAGUUGUACAUACUGAUUUACAAGAGUGAAAUGUCAGUAUGAGACGUUUAUGGCUCAGAGCCAGUGUUUUGAACUGACACUAGUGGUUUUUUUUCCAAAAUGAACACACAGAUACUGUUUUGGGGAAAAAAAUAAAAACUCAUGUGAGCAGCAGCUUGUCGUUUCAAACUGUCACUUGCUUCUCAUUUUGUAUUAUUCCAAUAAAUUACAUAAAACUCUA